CCAGUCCCGCUCCCUCCUCCUCUUCGUGGCUCUUUCUCCGCCCCCAGUCCCCCCCAAACACACUCGCACACGGGCUCUCAAGGUGUUCUCUGCACAGCGGAAGAUGGCGACAGACUGAGGGGGCAUGGCCAGCGGGAGCCAAGGGGCCGUGCCGCUCGGCGGCCGCCACAGCGGUGCGAACGCGAGGCGGAAGCGAGAGGCGCACUAAGUAAAGCCCCGCGUCGGCGUCCGGCGCCUGUGGCGCCGCCGGGAGCCAGGUGGCCCGCCCGAGCCGGAACUCCGGGAGCGGCGGGCGCGGAGCCGGAGCGGAGCUGGCCCGGGACCGGCCCCGGCCAACGGCCAGGGCGCGAGCGAAGCCCGAAGGGCCGAACAGAGGGCCGGCUGGCGGGCCUAGGAGGGCGCGAGCGAGGCUGGGAGCGGCGCAGAGCGGGCGGUCGGCGGGCGGGCGGACGGGCGGGCGGGAGCUGAGCAGCGCGGCGCGGGGCGAGCGGAGCGGAGCGGAGCGCGGCGGCCGGGCCCGCACGGCGGCGCUGAGGGGCGCAGAGCUGCGCCGAGCCGAGACGGCCGGAGCGGAGUGCUAGCCGGGCGGCAGCCGGCGCGGAGUGAAGUGGCGCUGAGCCCGGGGCAGCUGAGCGGCCCGACACUAUGAGGAGUGCGGCGCCGCCGCCGCAGCCGCCACCGCCCCAGUGCCCCGCACCGCCCCCCGCCGGGACGCCGGGCAGCGCCUAGCGGGCCGGGCGGCCGCGCCCGGGCGGCGAGCGAGGGAGCGCGGGAGGGGCGCGGGGACGGCGCGAGAGCGCCCCGCCACUCCGGCCUGAGCGGGGCCCCGGGCCGGCCGGCCUGCCUCGCCAUGCAGCCCCCGAGGUAGAGCCUGGACGGCGCCGAGGAGCGCGGAGCGGCGCGCAGCCGGCUUGCCCGCCCGCCAGCCCGAGACGGCCGUCCGGCCUCGCGCCCGCCUUUUCCCUCCAGCCCGGACCCCCCUGAAAUAUGUUCAGGGGCGCUUGGAUGUGGCCCGGGAAAGACGCCGCCGCGCUGACUAUCUGCUGCUGCUGCUGCUGGGCUCCCAGGCCGAGCGACAAACCUUGCGCCGACUCCGAGCGGGCGCAGCGAUGGCGACUGUCCCUGGCGUCCCUGCUCUUCUUCACCGUGCUGCUCGCUGACCAUCUGUGGCUGUGCGCGGGGGCCCGGCCCCGGGCCAGGGAGCUGAGCAGCGCCAUGCGGCCGCCCUGGGGGGCCGGCCGGGAGCUGCAGCCGGUGCCUCCUCGCGCGGUGCUGCCGCCGCCGCCGCAGCCGCCCGACCAGCCCAGCGCGCCCCCAGGCACCUGCGGCCCGCGAUACAGCAACCUGACCAAAGCCGCCCCCGCCGCCGGUCCCGGGCCGGACUGCGGCGGCGUCCCAGAACCCACGGGGCUGGACGCAGCUUGCACCAAAUUGCAAUCUUUGCAGAGACUUUUCGAACCGACCACCCCAGCGCCCCCUCUACGGCCCCCCGACUCCCCUUCCCGUGCCCCGGCCGAGUUCCCCACCGCCAAAAAAAACUUGCUCAAAGGCCACUUUCGGAACUUCACUCUUUCCUUUUGCGACACCUACACGGUCUGGGACUUGCUGCUGGGCAUGGACCGCCCCGACAGCCUGGACUGCAGCCUGGACACCCUGCUGGGGGACCUGCUGGCCCUGGUGGCUAGCCCGGGCUCCGGGGCCUGGGAGGUGUGUAGCAACUGUAUCGAGGCGUACCAGCGGCUCGACCGACAUGCUCAGGAAAAAUAUGACGAGUUCGACCUCGUGCUGCAUAAAUACUUACAGGCAGAAGAGUACUCAAUCCGGUCCUGCACGAAAGGCUGUAAGGCUGUCUACAAGGCCUGGCUGUGCUCAGAAUACUUCAGCGUGACCCAGCAGGAAUGCCAGCGCUGGGUGCCCUGCAAGCAAUACUGCCUGGAGGUGCAGACCCGGUGCCCCUUUAUCCUCCCUGACAAUGAGGAAAUGGUGUACGGAGGGCUCCCUGGCUUUAUCUGUACAGGGUUGCUGGAUACUUCGCCAAAGCGGCCGGAAACCAAGUGCUGUGACGUGCAGUGGGUCUCCUGUGAGUCGGAGAAGAAGAAGUUCAAGGAGUCUGAAGCCCCUAAAACCCACCACCAGCAAUUCCACCACUCUUACUUCCACCACUACCACCAACAGUACCCCCACUACCACCCCCGCCACGACCCCCCAGGCCACCUCAGCCACAAUCCCUCCCUGCUGCCGGUCUCUGGGGGCUCCCGCCUCAGUCCCAGCAGGAUCCGGCUCUACGUCCUUGUUCUCAUGCUCCUCCAUACCAUGGUGUCCUUCUCCAGCGGCCAGGGUGGUGGGGGACCGGGCCUGGAGGCACUGCCUGCCCUAGACGAGGGCCUGACUCGGGAAGAGUGACAGCAAGGAGGGAGAUCAGACCUCCACCACACACCGACAUCAGCUCCAGCGCCCCCCCCAGGGGGAGGGGGCGGGGGCCCCUCCCAUGGGAGGUGUAGGACCAGGUGGGGGGUGGGGGAAAUGGGGCAAUCACACAUCGCCCCCUACCAACCCCCACUCCAAAAGCAGCUCCAACAGAACCGCAGAGGGCCCCAGGGAGCUGCAAAACUCAUCCAGGAGAAAAAGGCAGGAGCAGCAGGUGCCCCCCUCCCAGGCCCCCAUCUAUGGGGCUUAGCCAAAAAAAAAGGGGGUAGUGGGGGGUGGAAAUGCCCACCACCACUGAGAGCCCUGACCCCAAGGAAGGAGGCUUCUCACCCAGCCUUGGCUCUUCAGGGAAUGUUGGGGGGCACAGAGGGGAGAAGCUCUUUCCCCCCUCCGCAUUCCUUUUGUUGCCACGAUCCUUAAUUCCUCCUGCCCACACCCCUGCAGGCAACGGCAGACGACGCAGCAGCCCUCCUCCCGCUCCAGCGCACCUUGUCCCAUGUGGGGCCGCCACAGGGAAGGGCCCAGCUGGGACAUGAGGUGUACGCAGUUGCGGCUAGGUCAGGGCCCCAGUUAAGCUGUGCCCCAGCACCCUAGGCCAUGAGGUAUAGGAAGUGGGUGCAGAAUGAGUGGCGGGAGAGAGCGGAGAUAGGGAAGAGGGAGAGGAGAGGAGAGAGGUGGGCAGAGGGCUUAGAGAGAUGGCUAAAUGGGCUGUCACCACCUGGCUUUGGGGAGGCAGAUGAUCAGUGUUGAGGCAGGCUCGAGGACACAUCCCCAAAUCAGAAAGGGUUGCGUAAGGAGCCCUCUGGAGAAGGCGCACAGGGACUGGGUUCUUGGGCCUUGAAACAGAAGGCUGAGGGCACAUGGUCAGACUGCCGCUGUCUGAAGGGCCAUAUCUUACAGAAGGUGCACAUACUCCCAAGGGCCACUCUUGCCCUGGAGAUCUUGGCCUUGGGGCCAAAGACGUUUCCAUUUCUGAUCUCCAUGGGGAGGAGGGACUUAAGCCCAAGAGGGUCAGGCCUGGCCUGGGUCCCCAGACUCCCCCAACUCGUCCUAGCCCAGGCCUCCAUGACGGAAACCCUGGUGGCGUUGCCCCAGAGCUUUCCAGAGAUGAGCCUCCCCCAUCCCCAGCCUGUCCCCGUCCCCAGCCUACCAAAGAGUAUUCAUCCCUUCUCAUCCCUGACCCCAUGGGUUACUAUCCCAAUUGUGGAACCACUACACUGCUCCUCACCCUGUAGCAGGUCCCCUAAUCCAGCCACCCGUGCCCCUAGCUGGAGAAAGUCCAGAAACUGGCAAGAGGACCUGCUAAAUAAAGACAAUGUGCUGUGGUCCCUUGGUUGAGAGACUUGAAGUGUUUAGUCAGGCUAGAGAGCUGCACGAGAGAAGAGGCCUGGAGAGCCCCUUGGGGGCCAUUAGCCUUGUGCUGAUCUCCUAGGGGUGGGAGGCCACAUGGCCUGGGACAUCUACAAGCCAAUAGGAGCAGACGAGAAAGGAAGCCACAACUGUGUUCCUGGGACAGGCCAAGCGGCUUUCAGUGCCAGAAGGGCCUGUGUCCUGGGCUGCAAUGCCAGUGAGUUAAGGGGAGGGGUGGGCCUGGAGCUGCAUUAGGGGAAACCAAAAGGGGGAGGGGGAGGGAACAGCUGGAAUCAGCUGGCUGGGGGAUAAAUGGGAAACCUCACUAGUAGAGAGGGAAUCAUUCAAGGGCCUCAGCUGGGUCCCCAAAUAGGCUUUGUGAGACCAGGGAGUCCUUCCCUGCCAGUUUUCUCAUUUCUCACAGCGUGUUCCCCUCCCCCUGCCCAGCCCUGUGCCCUGCCCACACACUCCAUGUUUGGCCUUCAGCAUUUCAGGCCUAGCCACAUACCCCAUCCCUAGAGUGCUCUUUUCAGCUGGGGAGGGGAAGAGGUGCUGGCUCCUUUCCAGAGAUGCUUCUGUAGAUGUGAGAGACUCUAUGUAUUGCCUUGUAACUCCUGCAUCCUCAGGAGGGACAAAGGGACCGGGAAGUAAAGGGGGACCUUAGGACCCCAGGGAAUGGACCCUUGGAGACUCCCAUCCCCUCUUCCCCCUCACCAAGUGCCCAGGAGACCCCUGGCUCAGACCAGCCCAGGGCCUUGCCCAGUGGCAGGGGAAAGGGGCACCUCACUCCACCUCGAAGUCAUUUGACUGUCCCCAUCCACCCCACUGCCCAGAUCUUCCACCACCCCUCCAGCUGCCCCUGCCGUUCGUCACAGGCAGCAGAGCUGGGCAGCUUUCUUACGCCAUUUUCUACACUGUGCUUCAUGAGUAGGACUUUCUUGCACUAGUUCCUAUGACUGAGUCUCCAAGCUGGAUUCCUAGUAGUCCCUGUCCCUUCCUCCCUCACCUGGCUAUGGUUCAGUUGUCGCCCUUCCCCUGCCUCUGUGUUUCGGUGAGAGUCUCUGUAUGUGUACCGCUUUCUGUUUUGUUGCACUGUGGGGCAGAAGCCUCUCUGCUCUUGUUUAACCCCAUAAAGAAAUAAAUGGUAAGACUUGAUGAUAA